AUGCCCCGUCCUAAAGUUCGGCCCGAGGACCGGCAACGAUCUUGCAAGGCGUGUCGAGCGUGCAAGGCAUCCAAGAUACGGUGCGACGCUCAGUUGCCUUGUGCCUCAUGUGUCAGACGAGGCCGGGGUGCUUCAUGUACCUAUUCGGGCGUUGACCGUCGUCGGCGGCGGCAUCACAACCUCAUAGGAACCCACCAGGACCUUUCUCGAAGGGCGCAACUCCGCCACAGGCCUAUCCUCCCAGUUGUGAACGAUCACUAUGAUUAUCCUCAUCUAGACGACGACCCGCUAAAUCCCACAUUCUCCUCUGGUCCUAUUACGCCAGAGCCCACCAAUGACCGCGUCACGAACCUGCCCUUGCCCAAUGGCCGUCUAUUGAGCGGGUUAACGGAUGAACAAGUCUAUGUUGAUGGAACGGCAUCAUUGUCAUUUUUGCAUUUCUUGCGGAAAACUCUCCGAUCAUAUGUGGGCUCCCUGUCGUUUACGGAUGGGGACCGUUAUCAGACGACUAUCGAGGUGGACGUCAACGACAUCGAACGCCCUGUAUCAGAUGUCACAGUGGAGCAGAUAUAUUCCUUGCUAGAUUCUUACUUUGAAGACACCAGCGGUCUUCUCGACCUAUUCACCACGUAUGAGACAGAUACCCUUAUAGCCGAAAGGAUGCAAACUGAAACAAGCACAUCGACCCCUCCAUCUCCGUCAGAUGUAAACCUUGAUGCCGCUGCUCUCGACGUUGCCUUGGCCAUAGGGGCCCAGGCUCGGGAUUUGGGCGGUGCCAACGCUCAGCUCGGAAGAAGCUAUUUUGCUCGUGCGCAAAGGGUCGCAUUUGAGGGAAUGUUGACAAGACAAAGCCUCGGUCUGGUCCGCCUGUUUCUUCUCAUGGCCUUCUAUAUGCUUGGGGCCUGCAACAGGAACGCGGCAGCCAUGUACCUGGGCGUGGCUGCCCGAGCAGCCGUGGUGAUAGGGCUUCAUCACCUAGCGAGUUAUAAGAACCUUCGAACGGAGGAGUUGGAGGUCAGGCUGCGAACGUGGAACAGCCUCCGAAAUAUCGACAUCCUCUCCAGCUUCAUUUUGGGCAGACCUAAGAGUCUCCCCGUCAUGGGGCAUGGUGAGAGAGAAAUGGAGACGAUCGAUGGACAAGUUCCGCAAGAUUCGCCACUGGCGUUCAAGGCUAUCCUAAAGGGCUGCUCGUUGUUGGAAGACACUGUUAACACAUUGAGCAAGGGCAGCAUCCUUCACGUUCCCACAGCGGAAGGCUUGCUUGAGCAACUCCGCUCUUGGUCUCAGACUUUCCCACCCCCCUUGCGUCAAUUCACCUUCACGUCGAGCAGCGGGCCAUUCCUCGACUCGGCAGAACGACAACUGCUCGCGGGAAACAUCCAUGUCUCGUGUGUGUAUUAUUUUGCCGUGAUGCUCAUCACCAGACCGUUUCUAAUUGCCUAUCUGAUGUCACGGCUUCGUGGCAGAGCACCCGAUCAGCUGAUCAGUGAUCCGGAUGAAGCGUCAGACGUCAACAUCAAGAAUAACACGGUGUCGAAGUUGGCGCAAGUCUGUGUGAGCUCGGCCAUUUACAUGGUCGACAUGUGUCAGCGAGCCAGGGUAUCGAAUUACAAUUUCGGCAAUAUGUGUCUGCUCAACGCCUGGAUCUUUGGUGCAGGCCUCGUCCUCGGCUUUUCCAUGUUCGCUGGCGAGCCCCGCAAGGACAUUGGAAACUCCUUCGAAGGCGCCCGCGAGGUCCUUGAUUGUAUCGCUGCCACAAACCAACAGGCGCGUCUGUACCAUGAGAUACUCACUAGUUUCUCCGAGGCUGUGAAAAGGUACCACCGUCGGGUGUCAAGCGAAGUGCGUCGCGCCGUCCACCAUUACAUAGACCAGAUACUAGUGGUCAAUGUCCCACCAGAUGCGUGCAUCGUGGGCCGGCACAAUCCCCAUUCCAGUGCUGGAAAUAUGAAUGGUAACUUGGAGAGCCUGUUCGCUGGCGCCGUAAGCAGCUCUCAUGCGACCAUGUAUGCGCAGGACACGAGCGCUGGCGUGGAAAGGGCGCAGACCCUUAUGGAACCGGCCGGCUAUGGCGAUGUGCAAUGCGAUUGGGGAGACAUUGACAUACAGCUAGCCGACAAUGACUUUCUCCUGGACGUUGAACCCUUUGAAAGAUUAUUCUAUAGUAUCGAAUAA